CAGAAUGGCUCCCGCUGGGCACUCUCCUUCGACAUGUCCUCCCUCUCCAGCAGCCAGGAGGUGAGUCUGGCCGAGCUCCGCGUCCGCCUGCCCGGCCUCCCCCCAGCCCGCGACAUCUCCCUGGACAUCUACCACAGCCAGCGGCGGAGGUGCCGGGGUGGUGGGACCUGCGCCCACCAGCUCCUCCUCGGCAGCGCGGCCCAAGCCGUGGCCCCUGGGCACCACGGUCCCAUGGGAAGGGAGCAGUGGGAGGCGAGUGGGUUGGCCACCCUGGCCACUGCCAUGACACACUCGCCCUCUUGGAGCGACACUAGCCACAGGGAGCCAGCCCUGCCCCAGGACGUGACGGACAGAGUCCUGCUGCUCGUCUUCUCCAGGGACAAGACUCCAGGAGACCACAGCCUCAUCAGGACAGCAGAGACCUCCAAGCACGUCAUGCGUGACAGCAGCUCCCAGGGUGUGGGGACCCGCCGGCAUCGCAGGAACAGGAAGGAGAAGCAAAGGAUCAAAGUGAGCGACGCUGCUGCCGCCGCCCCAGGGGAGGAGGGCAGGUCCUUGUGCAGGAGGGUGGACAUGAUGGUGGAUUUUGAGCAGACCGGCGGGGGCAGCUGGAUCGUCUACCCCAAAAAGUACAACGCCUACCGGUGCGAGGGGCAGUGCCCAUCGCCCGUGGACGAGACCUUCAAGCCCACCAACCACGCCUACAUACAGAGUUUGCUGCAGCUCUACAAGCCCAACCAGGUGCCCUGCCCCGCCUGCUCCCCGGUCAGGAUGAGUCCCCUCUCCAUGCUCUACUACGAGAAGGGCGAAAUUGUCGUCCGCCACCACGAGGACAUGAUCAUCGAGGAGUGCGGCUGCAACUGA